CCAUAGAAAUUGGAUAGGGCCUUACUUAUUCCAAUCCUUGAUUCAAGAGAAGACUGAAAUCUUGAUAGAAACUCAUUUCUCUUUUUAAAAAACACCUAGGAAAGAAGAUUUACACAGCUCACUCUGGCAGUUGUUUUCUUUUGUGCUUAAUAACUUGGAGAUCUAUUAGGCAAUUUCAGAGUUCAUGCUGCCUAAAAAGGUGUGGCAACAUUUUGAAUAAUAUGAAUCUCAGUUAAGGGGAAAUCGUGAAUUCGUCUCAGGUUGUCUCACUGUAUAAAACGUAUAAAAGUAAUGUGAUGUAAGGUAUUUUUUAAAGGUUAUUUCCAUCAGGUUGUUGUUUAGGCUUUGGUCUCUAUAAAAUGGGCUUUGUACAUUAGCAUAAGUUGGACCUGAGGAUUUUGCUAAUAGAAAUGACAUUUGCUUUCUUAUUUAUUUAUUGGCUUUAUAUCCUGCCUUUUACUCAAAAAUGGGACUCGGGGAAGCUCACAGUAAUGCAAAACUUAUAAAAUAAGGCAAUUAAAACAGAAAAAAGAUAGGCUAUUAAAACAGAAUAAAAUAAAAAACCAUAUUGAAACAAUUAAAUGCAUAAUUUAAAAUACAUAACUAUGAAAAAUUCAGCAUCCAACAGGUAACAAGCCCUCUUCUCAGCAGCCGAUAGGUUACCAAAAACUUGUCUGAAUAAAAGUCUUGUUAUUUGUCAGUGGAAGGACAAGGUGGAGGGAUGAAGCUUAACGAUUACCUUGGCUGUUGUGUGCCUUCGAGUUGUUUCUGACUUACGGCGACCAUAAAGCAAGCCUGUUGUGGGGUUUUCUUGGCAAGAUUUGUUCAGAGAAGGUUUGUCAUUGCCUUUCCCUGAGGCUGAGAACGUGUGACUUGCUGCCCAAAGUGGGUUUCCAUGGUUGAGCCCAUCGAAUUGAACCCAGGACUCCAGAGCUGUAACCACUACACCACACUGGCAGCCCAUUUUUUUAAUAGGCAUUAUUGGCAGAUAUUACUUUCUACUAUGUAAUACUCUUUCUAGAACAUUGCACACAAAGUCCAUGUUUUGUUGUUAAUAAUCAUUAAUUAUUUAUGUAUUGUUAAUAAUUCAGGUAAAAGUUCUUACGUCUCUUUUAUGACAUAGCUUUAAAGAGAAAGAAUAGUACACCACAUCUUAAUACAUCGCAUGUUUUUUUGAAACCAAGUCUUGAUGGUUAGGACUCGAUUACUUCCUGAAUAAACUGUCUGCCUUUAAGAUGUGGUCUGAAACUAGUGCUCAAGUUGUAUCUUCAGUGGAGGCACUGUUGCAUGCCCAGCACUUUGUGACAUUAGAUUGGUGUGUUAAUGGAUUUUUCUGUAGCAGCACCUCAACUAUGAAACUCCCUGCCUUGAGGAAGUUAAGCUGGUCCUUUCUCUUUUAAGCUUCAGAUGAACGGCCAAAACCGUUGUUCUGCAUGGCAUUCAGUGUUUGAAAUUGCCAUGUUAACUGUUUCCAAACUGGAUUCUAGGAUUGUUUUUAGACUGUUUAGUUUUUAAAGAAUAUUUUAACGUGUUUUCCAAAUGUUUUAUUCUUACAUUGUUUUAAUUCGUUUUUGUUGGCUCAUCAUCUUGGGAGUCCUUGUGCACUGGGAGGAAAUAACAGAAAUACAGUAAAUGAAUACAUAAAUGAUAAAAAAUAGCAAUAGCUAGCUUUUUGAGUGGGAAAAGUGGGCUGAGAGUUUUGAGAUAAUAGUUGUAUUGGAGGCAAUGUGCAGGUCAACUGUGCUGAAGCAAGAUUAGUAGUUAAUGUUGGAUGUUUUAGAGGUUUGCUUGCUCUUGACAGAAUCUGCUUAUCUGUAAAUCAUGGUGGAAAUAGUGCAAUCUCCAGCUGUUGCUGAAUGCUAGUUUUUAACAGUCCUAUACUAGUUACUGUUGCUUGGAGUUAUAAUUCAGUAACAUCUGGCAAAGAUCCAAUGUUGUGAGCGUUGGAUGAUGACUCUGGAGGCUAGGGUCUGAAUUCCCACACAGCCAUGAAAACUCACACUGGGUGAACUUGGGGACAGUCUCUCAGCUUCAGAGGGAGGCAAAGACAAACCCCAUUCUGAACAAAUUUUCUAAGAAAACUCCCCUUAAGGUCACCAUAAGCCAGAAACUACUUGAAAUCACAAGCAACAACAAUAUCCGGAAGGUCACACAACAGUAUUUCCACAUCAGCGGAAGAAGAAUAAGGAAGCUUGUGAAAGAUUGCCUCUAACAAAGAAUCCCUUUCAGAUCAAGCUCUUAUGAUGGCUGUGACUACAAUUUUCUCCUCCUUGUCUUUGGUAGAUGGAUGCUGACAUGGACUACGAAAGACCUAACGUUGAAACCAUCAAGUGUGUGGUGGUUGGUGACAACGCAGUGGGGAAGACACGUUUAAUCUGUGCAAGAGCAUGUAAUACCACCCUGACCCAAUAUCAGCUUCUGGCAACUCAUGUACCAACCGUCUGGGCAAUUGAUCAGUAUCGGGUUUGCCAAGAGGUUCUUGAACGUUCUCGUGAUGUUGUUGAUGAAGUAAGUGUUUCUCUCAGGCUCUGGGACACAUUUGGAGAUCAUCAUAAAGACAGACGCUUUGCUUAUGGAAGGUCUGAUGUGGUUGUCCUGUGCUUUUCCAUCGCUAACCCUAACUCCCUGAAUCAUGUGAAAACUAUGUGGUAUCAAGAAAUCAAGCACUUCUGUCCUCGUACACCUGUUAUUCUGGUUGGUUGCCAAUUGGAUCUUCGAUAUGCUGAUCUGGAAGCUGUAAACCGAGCCAGAAGGCCAUUAGCAAGACCUAUCAAAAGGGGAGACAUUUUACCACCAGAAAGAGGCAGAGAGGUUGCAAAAGAGCUUGGAAUACCAUAUUAUGAAACGAGUGUAUUUGACCAGUUUGGCAUCAAGGAUGUAUUUGAUAAUGCAAUCAGGGCUGCCCUGAUCUCUAGGAGGCACCUACAGUUCUGGAAAUCACAUUUGAAGAAAGUUCAGAAACCUUUACUUCAAGCUCCAUUUCUACCUCCAAAGGCACCUCCUCCGGUCAUCAAAAUCCCAGAGUGUCCUGUCACCAGUAUCAAUGAAGCAGGAUACUUAUUGGACAAUCCCUUGUGUGCAGAUGUCAUGUUUAUCCUUCAAGAAUAUACACACAUUUUUGCUCAUAAGAUCUACCUAGCUACCUCCUCUUCAAAGUUUUAUGACCUUUUUCUAAUGGAAUGUGAAGAAACCCCAGAUGCACCUGAAGCACAUUGUAAUAAAGAAAAAGCUGUUAGAAACCUGGUGGACAGAGCAUGCAGUCUUGAAACUGAUGAUAGUAGUGAGAUGGCAAUCUUAAAAUCUCCGAACACCAAACUGAUAUCAUCAACAGAGGAUGGUAACCCUUUAACAAGGUUAGAGUUUGAACCAGGGGAAACCAGUUACCUGAAGCAAGCACCAACAUUUUGGGGCAAAGGCUUUGUUAGCAUGUAUAAAGAAAUGCAAGUCAACCCUGUUUCAAAGAGGACGUGUGCUGUGACAGUAGUCAAGAUAGAUGCUUCUGUUCAGCCUGGACCUUUUAAAACUGUUUUGCAGUUUUUAUACACAGGGCAGCUAGAUGAAAAUGAAAAAGAUCUCACCAGGGUAGCUCAGAUUGCUGAGAUACUGGAAGUAUUUGACUUGAGAAUGAUGGUGGAAAACAUUACAAACAAGGAAGCCUUCAUGAACCAAGAAAUUACAAAGGCUUUCCAUGUCAGAAAAGCUAAUAGGAUAAAAGAAUGUCUUAGUAAAGAAACAUUUUCUGAUGUGACAUUUAAGCUGGAAGAUGGAAACAUAAAUGCCCAUAAGCCACUCCUGAUCUGUAGCUGUGAAUGGAUGUCUGCAAUGUUUGGAGGAUCAUUUGUGGAAAGCUCAAACAGUGAGGUUGUUCUUCCCAGCAUAAACAAGGCUUCCAUGCAAGCUGUUCUGGAUUAUCUGUACACCAAGCAACUAUCAUCCAGUCAGGAGUUGGACACACUUGAAUUAAUUGCACUGGCGAACAGAUUUUGCCUCCCACACUUAGUUGCUCUGGCAGAACAACAUGCAGUACAGGAACUUACCAAAACAGCAAUGAGUGGUGUUAGCAUAGAUGGAGAAGCACUGUACUACUUGGAAAUAGCCCAGUUUCACAAUGCUAACCAGCUGGCAGCUUGGUGCUUGCACUAUAUCUGCACCAACUAUAACAGUGUUUGUUCCAAGUUCCGAAAGGAAAUCAAAACUAAAUCUCCUGAUAAUCAGGAAUAUUUUGAGAGACACCGCUGGCCUCCUGUCUGGUACCUCAAGGAAGAAGAUCAUUUCCAGCGGGUUAAAAAGGAAAGAGAAAAGGAAGACAUUGCACUAAAUAAACAUCAUUCAAAACGGAAGUGGUGCUUCUGGAAUUCUUCCACAGUAGUUGUCUGAGGAAAGGAGAGGGGCCUCUGUCAAGAGCAUGGCUUGAACUGACAAACGUUGUUUUCAAAGAAGUCUUACCAUUCGAAAGUGCUGCAGUUCACAAAGAAUGGUUCUUGUGCCAUUGAAGUGAAUGGGAGCUGAGCUGAUGGUGCUCUUCCCUGAACUCCUGCUCGUUUCAGUGACACUUCUACAGGGAACAUUCCUAGCGGAGGGUGCAAAAGACGGUUUGAAAUGAUGAUUUUUCUUCCACCUGUGUGCAUUUAUGAUUUCUAAGAUCAACAAAGCACAAGCUCACCAGAAGUGAGUUCAAAAUUGCUUCUUAAGCAAUGUCUGUAUUGUUUGUUGUUUCAGUACUGUAUAAACUAGUACGAAUUUUCCCUUUUUUACAUAUACAAAACAAUAACAAAUCCAUCAUUUAUUGUUCAGUCUCUUAAGUGGAACGUAUUUUUUUACAAUUGUUUAUGUCAAGGUCUUAAAACAAAAUUUCUGAUCAUUUCCUUUCACAAACCGCAAAGUAACUUUGUAAAUAAGUCUUUAAUUUACAUAAGCUCUGUCCUUCCUCCACCAGCCAUUAGUACAGUAAAAUAAAAAGAACAUCUCUAA